AUGCAGUCAGCAAGAAUAGCUGUCCGGGCAGCAGUCCGAUCAGCUCGUCCCGCUGUCUCCCUCCGCCCCAGCCCGUCUCUCCUCCCCCAACGACGACCAUUCUUCUCCCUCUUCAAAAAGCAAGUCACCGAAACCACCGAGGAAGACCUUAGCAAACUCCCCGAUGACCCCAUCCUCCGCGAGAAGGUCAAACAAGCUCGUGACGACGAACUCGACCUCCGUACACGUCCCAACGGCAACUUCCCCGAAUUCGAUUUCCCGGGCGAUCAACCCUCCGACCAAGUCUACAACUUUACAAACUGGGAAACGUAUAUCUACAGUCGCUCCCACCAGAACGUGAAGACUGCGCAGCAGAUCCGUCAUGUGUCAAAAUUGCUGACAUACCCCGUCACCGUCGCCUCCAUCCUCCACGAAUUAUCCCCACACAACACAUCUAACGGCCGCUUAACCGUCGAAGGUCUCAAAACCCUCACCGCCCUCCGCCUGGGCCUUCACCCCGAACCAACCGUCGGUCGUUCAAAGGCGCUAACAACCUACCAAGACGAGCCCCGACGAAUCUUCAUCCUCGGUGCCCGCGCGGACGCGACACUCCCCCGCCACGUCUGGCUCCAACUCACCUACCUCUUCCCCCAAGCUACAUUUAAGCUCUACUUCAUCGGUCCCGAGGCUCUCCUCGGACCCCAGACGAAUGGAACGCCGAAGAAGGAGUUGUAUCAUCCCAAUAUGACGUUUGAGACGCAUACAGAGUAUUAUCACGCCCUUCACGAACAACAACAAUUCCAACCCUUCGAUCCGUAUCGCGACGUGUUUUUCCUGUUUUCGCCUGGAAUCGGAUACCCCGCCACCUCCCACCUCUGGGCUCCGACGAUCCCGCAGUUGUUGCAGACAAAGUGUGGUGUUUUCGUUACGGGGUAUUCCCAAGAGGACAUGGACCGCGAUGUAGCCUGGCUCCGUGAUCAAGCUGACGACGAGAUCGAUAUUCUGUUGAGGCCGGGAAAGAAUGAGUUCAUGUCGAGGAAGUACGAUGUCACGGAGGGUCCUGAUGGGAUUGAGUUGGAGCAGAAUAACUUUGGUGUUUGGGGAUUCAGAGGAAAGAUGUACAAUGCGAAGGUGGUGGAGGAAGAGCCCGCUGCGCUCACCGGAUAA